AAAAUAUGGCAACUCCUUUUGACACAUUCAAUUAAGACUUUUCAACACUGUUGUCAUUUGUGUAUCAGAAUAUAUUGUGAAAAUAGUGAAAAGUUGAAUUCAAUAUGAGUGAAAUUGGAAAUAAAACGUUGGAAAAUGUCCAUGAUCUUCUCUUUGAACUAUCCGCAAAGCGUCUAAAUCUACGCACAUGGAUACAAAAAGCUUUGCUCUAUUACUCGGCCCGUCAAUUUGAAAGCUUUGUCAUGCUGCUGGAGGCGGCCAUUGUGAAGAGUGGAAAACUAUAUGUGGGCUAUAAGGAAGAUCUCAUACGGACGUAUACCCUCCUGGCGGGUUAUUUCACAAACAUGGCGUACCGUGAGACGGGAAAUCGACGAGCUGCCUUGCAGGCAAAGAUAACAAAUCUUUUGAAUGCAGCGCAAGGACUGCAGCCGAAUGAUCGUCAGUAUUCGGUGGUACGCGCCUAUGCAAUGAUGUUGAGUUCCGGACGUUCGCAAGAUGCGGAUAACAUUUUUCUCAGUAUUCUCAAGAUCAUGCCACAUAAUGUUCCGUGUCUGAUAGGACGCGGUUGUUUGGCCUACAAUCGGCGCGACUAUUCAGGUGCCUUGGGUUACUUCAAGAGUGUGUUGAUGCAUUAUCCACGCGGUCCUGGCGAUGUUCGUGUGGGUGUGGGUCACUGUUUUCUCAAGAUGGACAGUGUGGACUGGGCUCGGCGGGCUUUUGAGUUGGCACUCGAAUGCAAUGGUCGUUGUCAGAAUGCCUUGGUGGGCAUGGCUGUCAUUAAACUGAAUGUACUGGAUAAGCAGUCCCAACAAGAAGCUAUUUAUCUGUUGUGCGCUGCCUAUGAGCAAUAUAAUCGUGAUCCCAUGAUCCUUAGUUGCCUGGCCCAACAUUAUUACUACGUCAAGAGUUACGAGCGGGUGCAAACUCUGGCGGGUAAUGCUAUUGCCCACACGGACAGCGCAGAAUUACGUGCUCAAAACUUUUUACAAAUCGCACGCUCUUUUCAUGCCACCGGCCAUUUUGAUCGGGCCUUUGAGUUCUACAAAAUGUCUGUGAAAUCUUGUCCCAAUGGCUAUGCUCCACCACAUUUGGGACUGGCCCAGAUGUAUAUGCGUCGCAAUCAAUUGGACAAGGCAAUGAAUUGCCUAGAGACGCUAAUAAAGAUUGUGCCCAAUAAUUUAUAUGGAUUGCGUCUACUCUCCAUGCUCUAUGUACAAGAUAAUGCGGGUCCCAAGGUGGAUGGGGCUUUGGAGUUCUUAAAUAAGAGUUUAGGACUAUCUCCGAGAUUGAAUAAGGACUUUGACAUUUGGCUGAUUUACGCCAGGGCAUAUGAAAACAAAGAGCUCUGGUCACAGACCAUUAAAUCCUAUGAGCAGGCCGUAAAGAUCUUUCAAGAUAUAGGUCAAAGUAUCCCUGUGGAAUUGUUUAACAAUUUGGGGGCUUCGCUUAUGUAUGGCAAACAACCACAGAAGGCUUUGGUCACCCUUGACCACGCAUUGGCCGGAGAUACUAAUGAGAGUAAUAGACUUACCAUAAGCUUCAAUCGUGCUCGUGUGCUGGAAGAACUCCACAGAGAAGACCUAGCAGAGAAUUUAUAUAAGCAUCUCAUACAAGAAUAUCCCAAGUACAUAGAUUGCUACAUAAGAUUAGGUAAAAUGGCUGCCAAACGUCACCAAUAUGUCACGGCCAUGGAUUAUUACAAGGAAGUGCUUAAAGUGGAUAAUGAUAAUUUAUCUGCUAGAUGUCUAAUGGGCAAUUACUUCAUGAAGCAUGGAAUGACCACUCAAGCUAUGUAUUGUCAUAAUGUUAUACUACGUCGGCGGGAGACACGCAGAGACUCUUAUACCAUGGUUGCAGUGGGCAAUGUGUGUCUUAUAAAUGUUCAUCGCACUUUCGGAAGAUUAGAAGAUAGUACGUCCAAGCGACAUCAAGAGAAGGCCCUACAGCUCUUUAGAAGGGCCCUGGAGCAAAAUCCUCGAAAUCUUUGGGCAGCCAAUGGCAUUGGAGCUGCUCUGUGCGCCGGAGGUUUACUCAACGAGGGUGAAGCUGUCUUCAAGCAGAUCUUAGAGUCGAGUAAAUAUUGCACUCAGAGUCUACUCAAUUUGGCCAAUGUAUCGCUAGAAUUGAAGAAAUAUAAGCAGGCUAGUCAAAUGUAUAAGCAAUGCCUGGAUGAUUUUUUGCCACCAAAAUCUGUGGCGAUCAUGCAACUUUUGGCCAGAUCCCUCUAUCUAGGCGGCAAAGCCAAAGAGGCUAAGUUUGUUCUACUCCAAGCACGUCAUGUGGCGCCCCACGAUCUUAUUUUGCUAUAUAAUCUAGCUGUGACUAUUAAGCAAUAUAGUCUAAUGGUCUUUGGUAUGCAGAGACCCGACCUAAAAGAACUAAUGUUGGCAGAACAGGAACUAAAAGUGGCCUUGAGGUACUUUGAUGGCCUUGUAGCCUCCAAAUAUGAGCGUCAAGCACAACGACAGGCUAAAAAAUGUCGUGCCAUUUUGUUGGAUUUACCCGAAGAGCUCAACAGAGUAAGGGAACAAGAGCAAUUGGAUGAAGAUCGUGUACGAUUGCAGGAGCAACGCUAUCAGGAAUUGCAAAAGCAAUUGCAGCAAGAGAAAAUACAACGACAGUUGGCAGAAAAGCAACUACAAGAAAAUCAAAUGGCCAAACGCCUCGAAGUCUUAGAAAGAACCAAAAAACUUAUUAGCACUGUUAAUAAUGAAAUGAAAAAAGUGCCCAAAAAGAACCAAACCCAAAAGAAAAGACACUCUAAUGAAGAUGACGAUGAUGAUGAUGAUGUUAAUGUUGAUGAAAAUGCUGGAGAAAAUCUAGAGAAUGAAGAGAACACAAGUCCACCACCAGCUAAAAAGGCCAAAAAGAAAACCACCAAAGAGAAACGUUCUAGAAAAUCAUCCAUUAAAAGUAAAGCCUUUAUUGACAACGAAUCAGCUGAUGAGGAAAGUGAAGAUGCAUCAGGACUAGAAAAGCGAGUAGAACAAAGUUCAAAGGAAACAAAUAAUGAACAAUCGGAUGAAAAUCUAAUGGAUCGCCUUCAGUCUAUAGGUCAGCGUAGGCAAUUGGAAAUGGAUAAUUUUAUGUCUGACCGCAAAGAAAGGGAAUCCGAGACACCAGAAAUGAUUCUCGAAUAUGUGGAGAGGCUUAAGAAGAAAAUGCAAACGAAUUCCCAGUAA